AACGGGCGAACUCGCAGUCGUGAACGUCGAGCGCACGUUGCUGCCUUGUAAGCGGUCCCCUGCUCGUUGCACGAGAACGUCGACGAAGGUUACAGGAGCGCAACUGCAUCACCCAUUGCAACCGGUGAUACUGUCACCAGGAACACGGUACAACCCGGAAAUCGCCGAGGAAGUUCGCUGACCUCUAGAUCCAGUGUCUUCGACAGUAGCCCCAACCUAACACGUCAAUGGAGUCCAAAGACAAGAGCUCCCGGUCGGGCUCGCGGGCCAACCUGAACGAGUCGACGCUUCCGCUGCUCGAAGACGUGGGCGGCGGCGACGUCAAGGCGGCCGAGGAGGCCAAGGAGAAGAUCGAGCUCGAGCUCAAGGGAGGAGACUCGGGCUCCAAGGGCGAGGACUCGAACGCGGCCACGGCCGAGCCCGGCUCGGACGCCGGCGGCAAGGAGACCGCCGAGUCGGACGCCGAGGGAGCGUCCUCCAAGAAGGACAAGAAGGGCAAGGACAAGAAGGCCAAGGAAAAGAAGGAGAAGAAGGAGAAGAAGGCGUCGCACAAGCGUUCGCCUUCGUGCGUCGAGACGCUCACCAUCGGUCUCAACCUGCUGGACCGGGACGAGAAGCACGUCAACGACAGCGUGAACUUGGUGUUCGAGGACGUGCUGGCCGAGCCCGACGCGAGCCACGGCUUCGACGGCGCCUGGAAGCUCACCUACCUGGUGUUCUCCAGCACGCGCCUGUGGUGCUACCGGCUGCUGGCCGCCCUGCUGGCGCUGCCCUGCGGCCUCACCUGGGGCCUGCUCUUCUCGCUGCUCUCGCUGCUGCAAGUGUGGCUGGUGUCGCCCUCGCUGCGCGUGUUCGACGUGCUGCUGCACAUCGUGCACAGGGUGUGGGGCGGCCUCGUGCGAACCCUGCUGGACCCGGUGUUCCAGUCGAUCGGCAAGGUGGCCGGAGACGUGCGCGUCACCCGAACGCAGGUCUACCCCAAGAACGACUUCGCCCACGACCCGUGAGGCGGCGCUGCGGGCGCUCCGUGGCUCCCGUCUUCGCGGUUGAGCCAGCGGCAGCGGACGAGGCGGUGCCGGAACAAAUUUGCGGAGGCCAGCGGAAGAACAGCCGGGGGGAAGAGCCCCGAUGGCGGUGGACCCACACACCCCCCCUCGUCGACUCUCUGGCAACGGGGCGAGGCCCACCCACCGAGCUUCGAUGACCUCUGACCCGUCGCGCACUUAGCCCAACAACCCCUUACCCCACGCCAGUCUCGUUUUUUUUUUUUUUUAUCUCCUUUGGCAGUCCGACCUCCGCAUCCCCCUCCCCACCUGCCCACCUCCUUGAUGAUAGCGAAAACAAUAUCGUGAGAAACAGAAAAAAAAAAAAAAUGAACGAACGAGCAUUCGAGCUAAGGCUUUAGGCAGAUCCUUAGUUUUGCAGUGAAAGGCCACCCGUGUUGAUGAGUGGGCUUGUUGGAUCUUGCUCAAUAAAAAACUACGCGCGGUUGUUCUUUGUGAAGUGGCGUUGCAGCACAAAACACGGGGCAAGCAGGGCUUGUCAAGUCUUGUACGCUGCUUGGCCAAAGUGUGUUGCACAGACGGCCUUAAAAGAACUUAAAAAGCCUUUUCACGGAUUCUUGCUGUGCUUUAACGUACGCGUGUUCUGGAAGUCGGAGCGCGUCGUCGACGCUAACGUGUCGCCACAGCUCCGAGAGUAAUGGUAGAGGAACUUUAACAGAGUUUUCGUUCGGUCAAGCGUCAUUUUAAGGGUGAAAAGGUAGCCCCAUAUACUGCAGAGUGGUUCGUAUCGGACCACCGUUAACAACUUAUUUUUAAGCAACGCUGUGCGCGUGUGGACGAGUGUACUACUAUACGUAGCGGCCCUGCAACAGCACUUUGUAUAUCAUUGUAUACUUGCUCACGGGAACACAAAGCUGCCAUCAAAAACCAUCAAGAAAAGACCCUUCUUUUGUGCCUUAUAACAUUGCGCAUCAACCAAAACACCACGGGUAUGGUCGUGUAGUUUCAGAAACGUCGUCCAUGAAUGCCGGAGGUUGGUUGUAUAGAGUUAAAAGCUCGAAGCAGCCAGAUAACAUUAAACAACACUGACGGAUAGUACAAACUUGUUGCAAGGAAUAGCCUAGAAGAAACAAGACAAAAAAAAAAAGUAAUGAACAUUUUAACGCGGUUUUAAGUGUUUAGGCCUACCGAGGGCACUAAGCCUAAGAAGGCCUCGUGAGCCUUCGCCUGCCCCACUCCACGAUGACGACUUGCUCAGCGUUUUUCGCAACGCAGACUUUUCAGAAAGUAGUUUUGUGGGGCGCACACGGGCCAAAACGACUUAAAUUUAGCAACAAGUUGUUGUACAGCGCACUCCAGAUGUGUAGCUCCGGUCGUUCGACGCUUGCACAUUCUGGAACUUCGCGAAAAUCCCGUGGUGCUCGAGACGAGAAAUAAUAAUUAAAAGAAGUUAUAUAUAUAUUAUGUGUAUGUGUGCGUGUGUGUGCAAUCUCACGCCGAGACAGUAUUUUUCACUUAGCCUAUAUCUGUGUGUGCGUGUGAGUGUGUGUAUGUGUGAAAUUUACUGUGUCUUUACUCGUAACGCGCGAUGGCGUCGUGGUUUGCAUUUUUUUAUAAAGCAGAGUUUCUAUAUGCAGCUUUUCUCACUGAACUCAUUGUCACACCACAAUCAAGGCAGCGAAUUGGCGGCAUGCGACGUCGCUUGUCUUGCAUGUCAACUGCGUUUUCAUCGUAAGCUUCAGUCCGUGCUGUGCAUGUUUUUUUUAAAUCGUUAUUAUUGUUUUUUGUUCGCACGAGGCGUUAUCGUAAAACCGAAAGAAACCUUGGCGAGUGGUUGAAAACUCCACACGAACAAACUGUUUUUUUUUUUUUUUUGUCUCAUCGUAUUUCUCAUCAUGCGACGCGCGCGCCCUUUUCAUAGCAAUGUGGGUCCACCAAUACGAGGCUUGAGUUGCGUAGCCAGCGAGUUUUAAAAGCAUCACAAGUAUUUUUUACGAGGAAGAAAACAGAGCAGGUAGCUCUGUGGUGCGAAUGUGCCGAAGUUUUGUAACCACGCUUCCCUCCCUUUUUCGUGCAAGAAAUAAAAAAAAAGUAAUAAAGUAUCUUUUAUCCAUUUUAA